AUGUAUCCGUCCAAUACACCUGGUUCACUAUCAGUUGGGAUUGAGCUUGUCGGUAUGGAAAAUUACAUGAUUUGGAGCCGAGCUAUGAAGGUAGCUCUUCUAGGACGCAACAAAUUAUGUUUUAUUGAUGGCUCUAUUGUUCGAGCUGAUUAUUCUGGCGAUCUCGCAAAGGAUUGGGACCGUUGCAAUGCUAUUGUGCUUUCAUGGCUAAUGGGGAACGUGCAUCGAAAUCUACUGUCUGGGAUCUUAUUUCGUUCCAGUACAGCACUCGUUUGGAAGGACCUGGAGGAACGCUUUGAUAAGGUGAAUGAUUCGCGAGCUUACUACUUGCAUAGGGAAAUUGCUACAUUAACUCAGGGGCUCUCAUCUAUCUCAGAGUAUUUUUCCAGAAUGAAAGAUUUAUGGGAUGAGUAUGACUCGCUGGUACCUCCUUCUUGUGAUUGUGCAAAGUCUAGGGACUCUCUUGUAAAUUUUGAGAGGCAGCGUCUUUAUCAAUUUCUAAUGGGAUUGAAUGACCAUUAUGGUCAUGCUCGCAGUCAAAUUUUAAUGAUGAAACCUAUGCCAAACAUCAACCAAGUCUAUGUUAUAUUAAUGCAAGAUGAAAGCCAAAAACAACUUGCAGGAGGCACUUAUAUUUUGAUGGACAAAGUCGAUCCCACAACAUUGCUUGCUGCUAGAAAUGGAGGACAGAAUCAGAAAAAACCUAUAUUGUGA